AUGUUAAAUGAAAAUUCAGAAUUAAAAAUUUUGAUUUUUGUUCCCUGCGAUAAUGACCUCUUCAAGGACAGACAUGGAAAACUUGUCAAACAAUGGCUAGUAUACGUUUCGGAAUAUUAUAACAAGAAAGUUACAUUCAACUUCACAGAAUUUAAUAUCAUCUCACAAAAAAUACCACCACUCAACCAAGUUCUACAAUAUAACGGACUGUUGAUAACCGGUGGAUUUGCUUCGAUAGGACGUAAAGAUGCCUGGCUUGAUGAGCUUAGGCAUUUGAUUCGUCAACUCUUUUUACAUAAAUUCCCAAUGUUCGGGAUUUGCUUUGGAUUUCAAAUUAUUUCACAAGCAUUGGGUUCUUCAUAUUUAAUAGCGCCAUAUGGAUUUAAUUUUUUUGUUUUGGAUUAUAAACUCGAGUCAAAAGCCUCGGCGUUCUUCAAACCAUUUCUUAACUAUUAUCACAAAUGUGAGCAUAAGUUAAAUGGAAAUAAAAAUGGCGUGACCGAUUUAAAAAAAGCGAAUUUUAAUAGCAUUAUUGGAUUAUUUUCUCAUAAUGAUGUCAUAACAUCCUUGCCCGACCCUUCAAAUAUUGACUUUGGUGCUUAUGAGGGUCAGAAUCAAGCCGAGAUUGAUGAGGCUUUGUCCGACAUGGUUGUGACCAAGAUUUCAUCAUCUGACAAGUUUCCCGUUUUAGGCAUUCUCGCCGGCAAUAGUCAACGCACUUUUAUUAUAUCUUUACAACACCAUCCCGAAUUUCAUACACAACAAGGACUGAAAUAUUUUAAUGAUGUAUUGAAUCUGAAGUUGAGCCAAGGUUUGAUGAGUCCAGACCAGUUCGAAAAGAACAUUGAAAUGAUACAACUGUUUAACGAGUCAAACUCGGGGAAAAUCUAUGGGUUAAUGGUGCUCUCCUUAUUCUCCAAUGGAUUCAUUAAACCCGAACAAUAA